UACCCAUAUUAUAUUAAUACAUAAUCUGUUAAUUAACAAACGAAGAUGUGAUUAUAAAACCUUUUUCAUCAAAAUCAAACGAAAAAAGACAGCCAAAAUCGACAAACCACAACAGUUGCUUCUCUGGGGACCCUUUGAAAUCUCAUAUAGCUUUAAAUUUCAUUACAUGUCUCCGAGUUCAUACACACUGUUCACAACAACCACAAACAAUUUAUUCAGAAAAUUUUUGCCUUCUCACCUAUGAACAAAUCGGGAGUGUUCCUCAUAAUCCUCUGCUUCUUCUUCUUCUUCCAUGUCGAAGCCCAAAACACAUUGAAUUCUCAUUCGGGUCUCCUCAAUCCACUCCAUCCAAGUCUUGUAGCUGUUAUUCUCAUCAUCUCAAUUAUGCUCUCUGCAACUUUUCUCAUCUUUGCCUAUGCAAAAUUCUGUCACAGAAACACAGCUGAUGAUCAAAAUUUUCUUGGUCUCAGUCGUUCAAGGUCUAGAUUUUCUGGCAUUGAUAGAGCUGUGAUUGAUUCGCUUCCCUUCUUCAGGUUUUCUUCUCUCAAGGGUUCGAAACAAGGCUUAGAAUGUGCAGUUUGCUUAUCAACAUUCGAAGAAUCCGAGAUUCUUCGAUUGUUGCCCAAAUGUAAGCAUGCAUUUCACAAGAACUGCAUUGACCAGUGGCUGCAAAAUCACUCUAGCUGUCCUCUAUGCAGGUACAAGUUCGAUCCAAUGGAUCUCAAGAGCUUCAGCUUUUCAAAUAGUUGGAGAUUCUUACAGAAUCCUUCCAAUCUAACUGAGGAUCCUAAUGUUGAAAUCUUUGUCCAGAGAGAGCAAAAUUAUCAUGGGUCAUCAAGAUUUAACCUUGGAACCAACGACAAAGAAGAAGAAUUCUUGCUUGUUCAAGAAGGUGGUAAAAACCAGAAACUUCUGCAUAAGUUCAAGCACAGGAUCAUCGUCUCUGAUGUUAUUAUCAAGAACCGAUGGAGUGACGUUAAUUCCUCAGAUUUGCUGUCCUUGAAUUCUGAGAUGCUCAAUUUCCUGUCAAGCAACAGGUUCUCGCCUUCAAAUUCUAGCAGCUCUGCAGGAAUCUCCAUGAAAGAAAAUAUAGAAAAAAUCAAAGAGGACAUAGAGAGGAAGAGAUUCUACGAGUCCAAGAUUAGCAAAGCUGACAAAAGUGAUUCAUUUUCAAGUUCAAAUGUACCCUCUACUUCUUUUCAGGAAGAAAGUUCGAGGAAAAUAAUUAAUCCUGGAGAGAAGAGAUCAAUGUCUGAGAUUACAAUCUGUUCAAGGUUCAAAGAGUUGAAUCUGAAGAACAAAAUCAAAGAAUCUGCUGUAUCUCCAAAUCGUAGUGAUGAACAGGAACACAGGAUAAGGAAGCUUUGGUUACCGAUGGCAAGGAGAACAGUUCAAUGGUUUGCAGGUGGAGAAAGAAACUUACAAGAGCUAGAGUACAACAGACAAACAUCAAACGUAUGAUAUUGAUUUUAUCUGCAACUUUUUACCAGGUUUGUGAAUUUCAUGUUGCUCAUAGAUUAGACGACAAGGUGACCCUUCUCCCCUAAGCAAAUUUCUUGCAUGCACUUGACUCAAGUGGCGGUGUAGAACAGACCAAUAAGAUAUUAUUAAUUUAAUUUUAAAUAUGAAAUUUACUAUAGUUUUAAAAAUAUAUAACCAAUUCAUUGGUUGGAUAAUUUUCUUUUAAUUUAAUUUUUAGUCUAUGCAGGCCUAAUUUGUGUUAGUAACGUUACUUCUGUUUUCGUAAUCAUAUGAUAAAACCAGUUUGCUUAUUUCUUCUUGUCUUUUUCAGCAAAAGAAUCUUUUCAUUAUU